AGUUUUAACAAUACUCACCAAGAGUUCUCAAUUCUAUUUAUUAAAAUAUUUAACAACAAUAACGUGAUUUAAUAUUUGUUUUACUUAUGGUUUUUUUUUGUUGAUAGUUGCUGAAACAAUACGCUGUUUUUUUAAAGUAAAAAAUCCAUUUGAAGAUAAUAUUUGUGUGAUGUUUGGUGCAAGUUAUCAUUUAUGGAUUGGACUGUUUUUUUUUGAGUCAUCAUUAUCAUCAGCUUCAAAUUCAUUUGGCUAUAAUUUAUUAAUAACUGAAAUAAAUAAAAUUGCUGAUAAUCAAGAUGAUAAUUAUGGUAUUUAUGAUGAAGAUUAUGAUAGUGUUACAAGAAAUAUUAGUCGACGUAAAUUGGAUACACCAAUUGAAUGGGAGCUGACAAAAAAACCUUUAAAUUUUCCAAAAAAUAAAAUUGAUAAUAAUUUUAAAAUGGGUCAUUUAAUUAUUGAAAAUCAAUUAUUUAAAUUUGAAUUUUUACAUGAUUUUCUUAGAUUUAUUCAACCGUAUAAUGUAUCAAUUGAUUUUUUAAUUGAUAUAAUUGAAAGACGUGUAACAACUCAAAGGCUGCUGUCCGAGUCCAUGAAUGUGGAGGUCGGAUUCAUAUCACUUUUAGCUGCUUGCUGUAUUUUGGCAUGUGUUAUUCCUGGUACUGAGCUUUGGCUUGCCUGUCGUCCAAUCAAAGAAGAUUAUAAACCGUCACAGCAUCCAAGAUGUCUGGCUUUUGUGCUUUCAACACUUGUCUUUAUUCUUGGCAUUGGAAUUAUUGGAUUAAUUAUUUCCAAUGAAGUUACAAAGAUUGGAAUUGAAAAAAUUCCUGAUGUUAUGAAUACUGCAAUUCAAGAUCUUAAUGAUUAUCAUACUGGUACAACUGUUGGAAUUCGUGAUUGUUUAACAAGAAGUCUCGAUGUCGCAAGUGAAGCCAUUAUGGCUGAUCUAGAUAAUGUCGAAGAAAUGUUGGGCAAGCCAGUUCAACUUGACUUGGCAUCAGAAACUGGUUUAGAUAUCGCCAUCGAAAGACUAUUCACUGUUGCCAAUGCAAGUCAAACGCUUUCAAAUCGUGCUGAGAAUUUACUAAAAGAGGGCGAAAAAGCUCGUGACCUCGGAAUGGAAUUGAGUCGUGAAAUUGAUGGACUACGACGUCAACUUGAGUCUUUACUGAGGGACCAGCAUUUACUACGUCUUCAAAAAAUUGGUCGAGAUAAUUUAACAGAAGCUGGUCGUCAAGCACGUGGUGAAUAUCACUACGUGCCUCAUUACAUUUCUCGAAGUACACUUGAAUAUCGUAAUAGUAUUCGAAGAGAAAUUAAUGCAGCACGUGUAAAAAUAUUUGAAGAAGCAAGAAGCCUUGAAUCAACUAACACCGAGCUUAACAGUCAACUGAAUUCCAUCAAGAAAAUUGCAAAUGAAGCUGCACCAUAUAUACAGUUAUUUGAAGAAAUUAGAUGGCUUAUUUGCAUUGGUGCAAUUGCUGGCUUAACUUUUAUCUGGAUAUUAUUAUUUUUUGCUAUUAUUUGUCAAUGUGGAUCAUCACAAAAAAAAGUUCAAUCUACACUUUUAUGUGGAGCUUUUUGGAGCUGUCCGAUUUCGAUUGGUCUGUGUGUGGUAUUAGCUGGAGCAUUGGGUGUAUCAAGUCAUAUGGAAAUGUUUGUAUGUCGAGCACUUGAAGAUCCAAGCUAUAAAACACUUGAAGCUGUACUGGAAACAAGAAUGUUCUUGGGACAACGUCUCAACGUUCCUCUCAAGGAUCUUCUAGAAAAAUGCGAACAAAAUGAAGGAGUAUAUCCAGCAUUUCCUUUGGGCCAAUCAUCAAAGCUGGAGCAAUUAGCAGACUACUGGAAAUGGUCAGGGCUUUCAAAAUCUCUUUCAAGUCUAAAAGUAGAUUUGAAAGGAUUAAAAAUAUUAACACCGAGUUUGGAGGAAAAAUUAGAAAGUAUUUUACAUGCUUGUGGACCUAAUUUAACUGAGCACAGAACAUAUAUUAGAGGACCGAUUUUAAAUAAAGAUUUAGGGGCAAUGUCGGAACAUUUACAUUAUGUUGGAAGACAACUGGUGGAUAAAAGAACAUCUAGAAAUCUUCAGGAUAUUGGUGAAUCGAUGAAAAAUAUUUUAGACCGACGAGUGAGACCACUCGUUCAAAUUCAAGAUAACUUGGUCGAUCAACUAACUCGACUGGAAUUACAGCUGAGACCAUUUCAAGAUAAUAUCAAUAAAACAUUUAUUCACAUGAAAAAUAUACAAAGUCAUAUUAAUAAACAAGGAGAUGUCAUUGCCGAGCUUAGAACGAAAUAUUAUAUAGAAACUUUAAAUUCAUAUUUGGAUCAAUGGCGUACUCAUGUACUUACCGAGGUCAUUUCAGGACCUGCCAAGUGUCGACCUUUGUGGGACAUUGUUAAUGGUUUGAGACUUUCAAUGUGUCAAGAUGUGUUAGGACCUUUGGAUGGAUUUUGGUUUUUACUAUUAAUUUCGAUUAUCAUAAUGGCAAUUACUACACCAAUGGCACACAUCCUCUCCUCAGUAUAUCGCAAUGAUAUUGAAAAAACUACAAUUUUCACUCCUCCAGGAACGGGAAGUCCUGAUACGGUUGUCAUUGAUCGAGACACUUGGCGAACACCCGAUCCACCUCCACUUCAAGAUGAUUGGUAAAAUUCAACAUGACAAUAAACAUUUUAACUUUGUUUUUCAAUUAACUUCAUAAACAUAAAAAUAAUAUCAAUUAUUAAAUUAUAGUUACUUAUAAUUUUCAUA